CAGGCUUGCAAACCUCAGAUAACGUUCUGCCCAGCACGGCAGGGGUCAAUUUGGUCCACUUGCCCGGUGACAAGAAAAAAAAAAAAAAGUGGGCUGUGACUUAAAGAUCUUAAGACUCACCAGAGAGGGGCUGGUCUGGAGGUGGGAGGAGGGAGUGACUAGCCAAGGAGGAGACAGGGACUCAGGAGGGUGCAAGGAAGUGUCUUAGCUGAGACUGGGGCAAGGCAGGAGCAGAGUCUGCAGGACAGCGGCAUCCUCGGGACCGGAGAACCGAGAGGCAGCCCCUCCUGUGUGCUGGGAAGGGCUCUGGGCACCGUCAGCCCUUCUCACCCUCCGAGGCUCAAGCCAGAAGCUCAAGGUGCUUGCUGACCUGGUGACAGAGCCACGAAGCUGGUACCCUCGGGGCCCCCUGCCCGUCUUCUCUCCAGUCCCCAGCAUGGAGGAAGGUGGCGAUUUCGACAACUACUAUGGGGCGGACAACCAGUCUGAGUGUGAGUACACGGACUGGAAGUCCUCGGGGGCCCUCAUCCCUGCCAUCUACAUCUUGGUCUUCCUCCUGGGUACCACGGGCAACGGUCUGGUGCUCUGGACUGUGUUUCGGAGCAGCCGGGAGAAGAGGCGCUCGGCUGACAUCUUCAUCGCCAGCCUGGCGGUGGCCGACCUGACCUUCGUGGUGACCCUGCCCCUGUGGGCCACCUACACCUACCGGGACUACGACUGGCCCUUCGGGACCUUCUCGUGCAAGCUCAGCAGCUAUCUCAUCUUUGUCAACAUGUACGCCAGCGUCUUCUGCCUCACCGGCCUCAGCUUCGACCGCUACCUGGCCAUCGUGAGGCCGGUGGCCAGCGCUCGGCUGAGGCUGCGGGUCAGCGGGGCGGUGGCCACGGCGGUGCUGUGGGUGCUGGCCGCCCUCCUGGCCAUGCCGGUCAUGGUGUUCCGCUCCACCGGGGACCUGGAGAACAGCACCAAGGUGCAGUGCUACAUGGACUACUCCAUGGUGGCGACCUCGAGCUCGGAGUGGGCCUGGGAGGUGGGCCUGGGGGUCUCGUCCACCGCCGUGGGCUUCGUGGUGCCCUUCACCGUCAUGCUGACCUGCUACUUCUUCAUCGCCCAGACCAUCGCCGGCCACUUCCGCAAGGAGCGCGCCGAGGGCCUGCGCAAGCGGCGGCGGCUGCUCAGCAUCAUCGUGGUGCUGGUGGUGACCUUCGCGCUGUGCUGGCUGCCCUACCACCUGGUGAAGACGCUCUACAUGCUGGGCAGCCUGCUGCACUGGCCCUGCGACUUCGACCUCUUCCUCCUGAACGUCUUCCCCUACUGCACCUGCAUCAGCUACGUCAACAGCUGCCUCAACCCCUUCCUCUACGCCUUCUUCGACCCCCGCUUCCGCCAGGCCUGCACCUCCGUGCUCUGCUGGGGCCAGACCAGGUGCGGGGGCUCCUCCCGCAGCAGCAGCGGGGAGAAGUCGGCCAGCUACUCCUCGGGGCACAGCCAGGGGCCCGGCCCCAACGUGGGGAAGGGCGGGGAGCAGGCGCACGAGAAGUCCAUCCCCUACAGCCAGGAGACCCUGGUGGUCGACUAGCGCUGGCGUCGGGGAGAAGCCUGGUGCCCCGGGCACCCCCGGCCUCGGCCCUUGCUCUGGAGAUCAGGUAGUGCGGCUGCACCUUCUGCCCUGCACGUCACCCUUCCCUGCCCCCGCCUCCCGCCAGCCCCGUCCUCCUUUUAGUCCUUUAUUCUUUCUCAGAGGAUUGUGGUUUAGUAGAAAGAGACUGAGCCCCGCAGAACCGAGCUUGCACAAGUCUCUUAACCUCGCUGAGCCUCGGUUUCUCCGUUGGUAUAAAAUAGGGGAAAGUCAUAUUGACCCUAAAAUGUUGAGGUGUGAGUUCUGACUCAAUAAAAGUUUGUUCCCCUCCACCGCUUUCUUAGAUCUCCAGCCCUCUUUUCUCUCUCCUUCCCUUUUAGUUUCCCUGUCUCCCCGCCACUGUUGCUCCUGAUCCAACCUUCUGGCUCCGGGCCCCCCUCCCUCUCUGCCCCCCUAUUCUGAGGGGCCCCUGAGGGUUAAAGAUCCUGAGGCUUGCAGAGACUAACCCUGUUCUUCAUCCUGUUUUCUGAGCAGGAGGCAGAGAAGGGCUGGCGCGGGGGUGGGCUGGCGUCAGCAGAGAAUUAGCGCUCUAGUCCCUGGGGCCCGGAGCUCCAGAACUUUCCCUAAAAUUGGAUCAGUUCCCUGUCAUUUCAAGCACUGGGGCUGGCAUGAUCCCCGAAGACAGUGCCCCUUCCUGCAGCCCCUCUGUGAUGCCAUCUAGAUGUGCUGUCUCCAAAUUUCCUCAUCCUCAAAUCAUUUCAUUCUUCCCCUACUUGCUGUGAGAAUUGGAAGGCAACGGGGCUCCUGGGUUUUAUUAUGCGAAUGGGAAGCUGGGAAGGGACAUGAGAGAAAAAGGGGACAGGAAGGUGUCUGCACUUAGUCUGGAGGCGGCUUGGCUCCCCUGCCCACACAGUCCCUCCGAGCCCCUGCAGAACCACGAGCUGUAGGUAGGUCUUUCCUGUCUCCUGUCCCACCCCACCAUCCCUGCUGUUUUCUUAGGCACUGGUGGUGCUCAGUGCCGGGAGUCGCUGUGGUUGGGGGGCGAUGCUUGCUUCUUGUCUGUGUGUAUGUAAGUGUAUCCAGAUGGACGAGCAGGGGGCCAGGUCACGUGGAUGAACCCCUCCCUCUCCUGUCUGCACCGUGUCUGCUCUGCACGCGUCACCCUUGCGGGGAGACGGGAUGCGCUGAAGCAAUACAGAAUCCACCCCCACUGGAUUUGGGGGCUCCGACGGCUGGUCCGUGCCUUAAGAGAGACGUCUGUGUUUGCACGGGGCUCCCUGCAGGGAGAUCGCUCCCCAAAGCAGCUGGCACCCACGCUUGGGGCCGUCCUACCGAGCUGGGUCCCUGUUCCUCCUCUAGCUCCACGAGGGAAGAGGCUGGCUAAGGAGCCCCUAGGCCCCUUUCCCACGCCUCCCCACUUUGCUUAGAGCUUGUGGGCGUUUUCUCAUCACCGUCUGUUGUUCCGCGGUCAAUGACCCUCUUCCUAUGGAGACCACCUGCUUGCCAUGGGGUGAAAGGCGCCGGGUGGGUUUUUUCUCUCCUCACCCUCAGGAUUGGACCUUUUGGCUUCUGCUGGGUUGGGGGGCUGGGAACAGAGACUGGAGCAGCCAUGGAGGGGCUGACAGCGUGACGUCCACACCGCCAGAGAGACCUUGAGGAUGACAUCCACAGGGGGGCCUUUGUGAGCUGGGGCGGGGGUGUGUAUUCCGGGUUUUGUUUUUGGAGGACUCUGGAGAUGAAGGACUAGGCGUGAGUGAUGGAGUCAGGAAGAGCCCAGCUUGAUGUAAAUAGACAUCUUUGUCUUCCUGGGAUGGAGCCAGCUCUGGGGCAGGGGGAGGAGGAGAGGGGAAAGGGCAGCUCUCAGCCCAGUCUCCGUCUGAGGCCAGCAUCUUCCCCAGUCACUUCGUCCGCUCAGGGCUGUCCUCCAAGCCUCCAGUCAAGGUUGGAGGAGGCUUCUAGAAGGGAAGAGGGUCUCUGUGUGACCUGCAGAGACCUCCUGCCUGGAACUCAUCGGUGGUCCGGGACAGAAGGCAGAGGACACUGCCAGCUGGGACCCUCCUCACCCCCCAGCCCCUUCUGCGGGGAGUCUGCGCUAUUUUCCAGCCCUGUCAGUCACUGUGGUUCAUCAAAUAAAACUGUUGUGUGUGA